UUCAGUUUAUAAAAAAAAUAUGGUGUAAAUGCUGCUUUUCUCAUUCAUUCUUUGUGCUGUAAUACUGUUAGUAAAAUGAAAAGACUCAUAUUUUUAUGAACCAGUGUGACUUUAUUCGAACACAAAUGACAUUAUAAUUGAAUGUCCUGGCUGCUCUUUUCAAUACGAUGACAGUGAAUGACGACCAGCGCCUCUUAAAAAUGACAAAGAUCACCAGUAAAUUAUUGCUAUAUCUGUUACACAAAAAGUAGUUUAACAUAUUUAUUUCUUUAUAGCAGCAUGAAAAUAGGUAUUUUUCUGAGAACGCAUAAGAUGUAUAUAGACAGUUACUGUAUUCAGUUAACACUGAAUCUACAAGCUCCCAAAUGUAAACAUUGAGAUUAUAUGUAAAUAUUAUAAGGAUAUACAGUAACAAUUCACUGUAAGUCUCACAAUUGGUUAUUUGUGUGCUUUUAUCUUGAUCAGAUUCACCCAGAUCUACACUGACUGUGACACCAGACAGACCUGUAUUCACUGGAGAUACAGUCAAUCUGACGUGUGUUAUAGAGUCUAAUCACAGUAACUGGAGAUAUGAGUGGAAUAAAGACAGUGUAAUGUUACAGACGUCUGAUGGUUACACUGUAAACAGAGACACUCUCACUAUCAGAGGAGCGAAUGAGUCUGAUCAGGGUCAGUACUGGUGUAGAGGACAGAGAGAUGAAAGUCCAUCAUCCUCACAGGAGAGUAACCGAAUAAAUCUGUCUGUUAAUGUCUCAGCAGCUUCAUCUCUUCUUCUGGUCGCUGGAGUGGUUGUGGGAUUGAGUGUUUGCUUGUUGAUCUUCAUCUCACUGCUGCUGCUGCUGUGGAGACACAAGAAGAACAAAGAUCAGCAGCGUAACAUUAACCAGACAUCAGUCCCAAAUCAAUCUGGAGAAUCUCAACCAGAAAACUCUCCUCUACAGUCUGGUGAUCCGGAGCCAUUGGCAGAUGUCACAUAUUCAGAGGUCACUGUCAAGAAAAACAAGAAAAAGAUGGACAAAGAUGAUAGCAUGGCAGAGACAAAUAAUGUGACUUACUCAGAAGUCAGAAACAAAGUAAAGAAAUCCAAAAGCAAAGAUAUUAAUACCGCAGGACCCAGUGAUCUGGUUUAUGCACAGAUUGAUUUACAGGACAAAAAGAAAACCAAGGGCAAAGGUGCUGGACUUCGUAAUAUUCUGAUUGAAAUGAAAUCUAAGGACAAACAAAAAGAGUCUGGAGACACUUUGUACUCUGAACUGAAGCACAACGCAGACGGAGGUGCUGAUGCUGGUGAUGCAACUUACGCUCAACCUAUCAGGAAGAAGAAUAAAGCCCGUCCCUGAGUUCAGUGAAGACAGCAGACGGCUAAAAGACAUUCACAGCAGCAGACACAGUAACGCUUGCAUUGCUUAAAGAGAUAGUUCACCCAAAAAUGAAAAUUCUGUCAUUAAUUACUCCUCAUGUCGUUCCAAACCCGUAAGACCUUCAUUCAUCUUCUGAACACAAAUUAAGAUAUUUUUGAUUAAAUACGAGAGCUCUCUGACACUCCACAGACAGCAAGGAUACUUACACGAUCGAGGCUCAGAAACAUAGCAAGGACAUUGUUAAAAUAAAAUGUACACGGAUACGUUGUUUACGUUCAGGUCAAAGUGUAAACAACGUAUCUGUGUACAUUUGUUGCAUACGCUGAUUACGUAUGUGAUAGUCUCCAAAAUGCUGUCUAUGGAGCUCUAAGAUUUCAUAAAAAAAUAUCUUCAUUUGUGUUCUGAAGAUGAAGGUCUUACGGGUUUGGAUCGACAUGAGGGCGAGUAAUUAAUGACAGAAUUUUUGGGUGAACUAUCCCUUUAAGAAAUGAAUCUGAGUGAACCGCUUCUGCACAUGCUUGAUUAAAAUACUUUAGAGAUGCAUAUGCACUGCUAUCUGUACACAUAUUACGUGAGCAAAACAAAUGCCUCUCUAGCAUAUUCAUUUUUUUCUCCAGUGUUAGAUCAUGCCUCCAUGCCAGAUCAUUAAGAUCCAGCCCCGGAUGCCAGAUCCCAUCACAAAAUAUCUGUUUCGUCUGGUAACAGAACAACUCUUCAGCAAAGUAGUCUAAUACCCAAAACCUGUUAACAGGAAGUCUGUCUGGUACCCAAAAUACUCAAAGACUUCGUCUGACCAGCACAAAUUCAACAUGUACUGAUGCACCAAAACUGCUUCAAAACAAUAUCCCAUAAACCUUGAGUUUCCAUAAACAUCCCCUCGUAUCUCUUAUUCAUGAAGACAAACAGCCCUUGAAACCACACAGUCAUAAGACUAAACAACAAUGAAAAAAUAAUAUAAAAACAACAAUAAUAUAAACGAUUAAUCAAUUUAUAAAUCAAUGAAAUGUGUAUAUAAAAGACUAUAAUGAUUAUUAUAAAUGAUUAUAUGAUUAAAUUGAAUAAUAAAACGAUUAAAUUAUAAAUUAUUAUAAAUGAAUAAAGAAUAAAUGAUUAAAAUAAAUAAAGUAAAACAUGCUCUCUUGAAGCAAAACACACAGUUUUCAUUUGAGGAUCCUCAGAUCCUUCUCCAGUGAGCAUUUACAUUUAACACAACUCUAGGUGAAAAUGCUCUAAAGUCAUUAUUACAUUAUAAUAUAAUUGCUGUGCUGCCAAUAGAACCAAUAGAAUAAUAAAAAAAAGGUUUGAUUAAUAGAUGUAAAUACAGUGUAUUUUUUGUGUUAUAAAAUUAUGCCUAUGUUUUUGCCAAAAGAAUGAGACUUUUUCUAGCUUUCAUGUUUUUUCUUUUUUUUAUAUAUAUAUACAGCUGUUUUUUUUUUUUUUUUUGCUGCAGUUAAUAACGUGUGAGAUUUAUAUUUGGUAAAUAUACACAUAAAAACAAACUUUUCUCUUUUGUUUGUAGGACUUUUUCACAUUUCUUAGCCUUAAGAGUGAUUUUAACCAUAGAUCAGUGUAGUUCUGUCAGUAGCACUAAACACAUCAGGCGUUUUGCUUUGCAUGUUGAGAUUGUACUGGUGUGUUUCUCUCCGGUCAUGUUUCUCACAGGUCGCCUGCAUUAACUGAUCGUGGCACAGCGUGCUCGGUGGAGGGUGGCGAGGAGCUCAGAGCAAUAUCCUCAGAGAGAGGCGUGAGAGAACAGAAUGUGUGUUGCUCAUCUUCUUGGAUGUUGUUGAGACUGUUAUCAUAUCUUCAUUGUGAGACUUUGUGAAAGUUUGAGUGAACUAUUGAAGCGUUUAUUGUUCUUUUCUCCUCUCCUUCGCUGUGUGUGAUAGACCUGUAAUCUAUGAAUGCUAUAGGGGCUGGGUGCCAUUUAAUUUUGGACAUGUUUUCUCCUGUUUUGGGUUAGUUAAGGAGUAAGGGAAGUGCUUGUAUUUUCUUUCAUUUUCUUUUUGCUAGGACACUUAGUUUUGGGUUAAGGUAGUUAUUUUUGUUUAUUAUUUUGGCCUGGCCUAGCCCUGAAGUUAUUUUUGCGCUCUUAAUCUUUGUGUGAACCGCUUACAAAACAGAUUGUAUUACUUUAUCCUCACAAUAAACAAAGAACCUGAGGAGGUUUCUAAAAAAAGUAACCUGCUGACUAUCACUCUUUAUUUCACGUUUCACCCCUGAACCCUAGACGUGGGUCGUAACACUACUGAAA